GCAUCAAACGCAAACUUAGCCUCUCUCUUCCCCUCGGACGUGUCGGGAACAGGCGGUAAUUGGAAAAAGUCGCCGGUGAUGACGAGCUGUAUCCCGCCCCAUGGUCUCCCAUUGUUCCUAAUGGUCCUGCCAAUCUGCGACAGCUUGUCAAACAGGUCACCGUCCACCAUGGAGACCUCGUCAAUGAUCAAAACCUUGGUC